UCCUCCGCCCCAGCUUCCGCGUCGCGGACCCGGGAGCUGGAACCUGAGCGGUUGCCCGAGUCCUGGCCCACUUCGGGGCGGGAGCCGGAGCUGGGGCUCGCGGUCAGACCGGGGACCUGCGCUGAAGCCGCGGGCACUGACUCCCUGCGAGAUGGACGGGACAGAAGGCAAUGCUGGGCAACCGGGCCCCGCUGAGCGGUCCCAUCGAAGCAGCGUGUCCUCCGUGGGAACCCGAGCCUCCGUUGCAGCAGCUGAUGUGCUGGUGUACCUGGCGGAUGACACAGUGGUGCCCCUGGCCGUGGAGAACCUGCCGUCGCUCAGUGCCCACGAGCUGCACCGGGCUGUCCGUGAGGUCCUGCAGCUCCCGGACAUCGCCCUGGAUGCCUUCGCACUCUGGCUUGUGUCCCCUCUGCUGGAGGUGCAGCUGAAGCCCAAGCACCAGCCCUACAAGCUGGGCCGCCAGUGGCCCGAACUGCUGCUGCGCUUCACGGACGCCCCCGCUGACCACGUGGCCAUGGAUGAGCCUUCCCUGCAGUUCCGAAGGAACGUGUUUUUCCCAAAGCGGCGGGAGCUCCAGAUCCACGAUGAGGAGGUCCUGCGGCUGCUCUACGAGGAGGCCAAAGGCAACGUGCUGGCCGCUCGGUACCCGUGUGACGUGGAGGACUGUGAGGCCCUGGGUGCCCUGGUGUGCCGCGUGCAGCUCGGGCCCUACCAGCCGGGCCAGCCCACUGCCUGCACCCUGAGGGAGAAGCUGGACUCCUUCCUCCCCGCCCACCUCUGCAAGCGGGGCCACGGGCUCUUUGCUGCCCUCCGGGGCCGAGGGGCCAAGGCGGGGACAGGCGAGCAGGGCCUGCUGAAUGCCUACGGCCAAGUGAAGGAAGCGGUCGGCAGCGACAGUGAGCACGGGGCCUCCCUGAGCCCCCACUACCGCGCCUACCUCCUCAAGAGCCACGAGCUGCCCUUUUACGGGUGCGCCUUCUUCCAUGGCGAGGUUGACAAGCCAGCCCAGGGCUUUUUGCACCGGGGCGGGCGGAAGCCAGUGACUGUGGCCAUCAGUCUGGAGGGCGUGCACGUCAUUGACAGCAGGGAGAAGCACGUUCUGCUGGGCCUGCGCUUCCAGGAGCUGUCGUGGGACCACACCUCCCCCGAGGAGGAGGAGUCUGUCCUGUGGCUCGAGUUCGAUGGGGACAACGAGGGCACACCGGUCAACAAGCUCCUCAAGAUCUACUCCAAGCAGCAGAAGGCAGGGGCCCGUCCAUCUCAUCCAGCUCACUCCACAGAGUAUGGAAAGGCUCGGCCUCAGGGAGGCCUCAGCGUGGCCCCCUCUCCUCCCCAGGCCGAGCUGAUGAGCAGCCUCAUCGAGUACUGCAUUGAGCUGAACCAGACAUCAGAGCCCGCCGCCCCCCAGGAGAACGUGUCCGGCCCCACCGCCGCCACCGGCUCCCCGCCGCCCCCUGCUCAGCGCCCACCGCUGCGGAGGCAGGGCAGCGUGGUGUGCAGCCGCCUCCAGCAUCUCUCCACCAUCGACUACGUGGAGGAAGGUCAGCAGAUCAAGCGGGUGAAGCCGAAGCGCACCACAUCCUUCUUCAGCCGGCAGCUGUCCACGGUCCAGGGGAGCUACACCGUGGUGCAGCCCACCGACAGCCUGGAGCAGGGCUGAGGGCAGCGGCGCAGGGCAGGGGGAGGGCGCAGGGGGAGGCUCCCCCUGGUCCUGGCCCAGCAUUCUUCUCCCAGACGGGUAGGUCCAGGCUGCGGCUCUGGGGCUGGGCAGGAGGGCUACCUCGAGAGGGAAGAAGUGGCUUCUGCCUGUGAUGGCGCACGGGCCACACACAGGCUGGUGGGGGACUCCCGCAGGGUCCUCCUUGCAGCCUGCCUGUCCUUCCCCUGGACUCAGCCCCACUGCUGUCUCAGGACCAUCAGAGGGGGCUCUGGCCACCCCCUCCCAGCCAGGGACUUGGCCUUGUGCCCCUCUCAAGAUGGACAGUGUCCCCUGCUCUGAAGUUCUCGGUGGCAGCGCUGGCAGCAGGGGACCGAUGAAUACGGUUUGGGACCCGUAGGUCCAGUGUGUGUCUUCGGUCUUUUCCCCGGACUUUGGUGACCACAUCCCCGCCUGCCUUCGGCCGCAUUCCACCAACGCUGCCAGUCUGGGCGUGGCCCUGUGGGGUGGGAAGGAGGCCUUCCUGGAUUGCACCCCAGCAGGGACAGAGAGGGUGAAGCCCCCCACUCAUACCCUCUCUGGCUGGAUGGAACUGGAGGGAGCCAGGCGGGGCCUGGCUCAGGGAGCAUUCUGUGCCCCUCACUCCGGCCUCGUGGUCAGGACACAUUCUGACCGGAAGGAAAGUGCCUUUUUGCCAGCCUUUGGGGACAACACUGUGCCUGGAGGUGGCUGUCCUGGGGACCAAUGUGCCCACCAGACCCACACUCCACACUUGGAGAAGCUCCCAAACCACCCUGGUCUGCAGGUUUUCGCUUUGCUCUUUUUUCAUCUGCUUCGGUUCCACGAAGCCUGGGAGCUCUGGGGUAACUUGAGGACGCCCCCACCAACCUCAGAGCUGCUGGCUCUCCCUCAAGAUGGCGACGUGGUGUCCAUCCGCCCGACCCUGGGGGUGGCCCAUGCGCGGGGGACGUGCCAUGCCAGCUGGUCUCCUCUUUCCCAGGACAUUAUAGGGAGGCUGGAUCUGGCGCUGGGUGGAGCCUUUCCCCCUGCUUCACCGUCACGGCCUCUCCCAGAGGAGCCAGCCUAGAGGAGGUAGAGGACGGCCUUCGCAGCCCCUCUGCGCCUCCGUGGUGGGUCCAUGGCCCGCACGACGCUUCCUGAGACUUUCUGCAGGGAAGAGGCCAGACCGGCCCAGCGCUGGGCUCUGCCUUGUCCUCCCUUCCGCAUGGAGCGCCUUGGCAGAGGAAAUGCAAACUGGCCUCCAGGGUCAGAGCCCGCUCCCUCCUCUUCCUUUUGGUGACUUUGGAGCACUCCCGGGGUUCUGAGCUGGGCUUGCCUCCAGCAGUAGGGACUCUGUCGUUUGUUAAAAUAAAUUGGGGUCCCCAGGCUUUUGGAAUGUUCCAGCCAGGGGCCAUCUCGUCUCCCCUCCUGGAGUCACCGGACCGGAGCGGCCGCCCAGCCAGCCUGGCACCCAGCCGUCUGGUUCUCUCCUCCCACUCACUGUUUUGACCCAGGUGAAUGUUUAUCUGCUGGGCUGACGCGUUGGGGUGGGGGGUGGGGGGGCUGGCGUGGACACACAUCACUUGUUCUUACUCUUCAGUCUCUCCGCUGUUCUCUGAGCAUCCCUUGUGUGCCAUGGCCUUUUCUGCCCGCCCUUUGGACAAAGCAGUAUUUUACCAAGUGACCUUUCAAUAUACUCAUUCUUUUGUAUCAUGUGACUUCUUAAUAAUAAAUUUUCAACAAAC